CUAUAUGGCUCAGCCAGAAGGAUUGUCAAUAAUGGGGGCUUUGCCUCGACCAGUGGGACCCACUUCGUGAUGAACGGACGGCCUUUCUACACUAACGGGUUCAAUGCUUAUUGGAUGAUGUACACGGCGGGGGACCCGUCAACAAGAGAUCGAGUUUCCAACGCAUUGCAGCAAGCAGCAAGCUAUGGACUUAAUGUUGUCAGAACUUGGGCUUUUAAUGAUGGAGGUUAUAGAGCUCUUCAGACUUCUCCUGGCAAUUAUGAUGAGAAUAUGUUCAAGGCAUUGGACUUUGUGAUUUCUGAGGCUAAGAGGAAUGAGGUUUAUUUGAUACUGAGUUUGGUGAAUAACUGGGAGGGGUAUGGAGGGAAGAAGCAGUAUGUGCAGUGGGCACAGGAUCAAGGGCAGUGGUUGAACUCUGAUGACGAUUUCUUCAGGAAUGAUCUCACAAAGCAAUUCUACAAGAACCAUAUCAAGGCUAUUCUCACUAGGGUUAACUCGAUAACGGGAGUAAUGUACAAGGAUGAUCCUACCAUCUUUGCAUGGGAGCUCAUGAACGAGCCCCGUUGCCAGAGUGAUAACUCCGGAGCAACUUUGCAGAAUUGGAUAUAUGAAAUGUCUUGUUAUGUGAAAUCUGUCGAUAGCAACCAUUUGCUCGAAGCGGGACUAGAAGGGUUCUAUGGCGACUCGAGGCCUGAUAGGAAACACUACAAUCCUGGUUUUGGAGUUGGGUCUGAUUUCAUAGCUAACAAUCAGAUCCCUCAAAUUGAUUUCACUACCAUUCAUAUCUACCCGGAUCAAUGGAUCAAUGGCGCAGAUGAUAAUGCACAAACAACAUUCCUUCAGAGUUGGAUUACAUCACAUUCUCAAGAUGCGGGAUCCAUAGGAAAACCACUCCUCAUCACAGAAUUUGGACGAUCUUCGAAACAGUUUAGCUCUGCACAAAGAGAUGCCUACUAUUGGGCUGCAUAUAACACAAUCUACGGGCUGGCGAGAUCCGGCGGUGCUUGCACCGGUGCUCUUUUCUGGCAGUAUUUAGGCCAAGGAAUGGAUAACUUCAGAGAUGGGUAUGAAGUUGUUUUCCAAGAUUGCCCCUCAACAGCGAGCAUAAUUUCCCAGCAGUCCCGGAGGAUUGAGAGCCUGAAUAACCCCAUGACCGUGUCUGAUACCAAGAAACUUGACAAGCUUAAGAACUAG